ACGGCAUUAACAGCUCCAGCAUCUUAAGCUCCAACAUGUCCCACGUGUCCGACAUCGAGGACGCUCUAUCGAUCGUGGAGUCUGCGGUAUCGGAACGGGCAAGUCGCUCUUCUUACCGGACAUGGACCAUCCCCAAGAUGAUUGCCGAGCUGGACAAGCGAGGAAUCCGCCAUUCGGCCACAGCCCGAAAGGCCGAAUUAUAUCACCUAUUGUUUCCCGAGCCAUCUACAGGGUCCACGGAGCAGAUCCCCAUGUCGACCAUACAGCUGUCACUAACGCAGCUACACGCCACCAUAAACAAUUUGUCCAGUUCCAUCUGUGACAUGAAUACCAGGCUCCAGGCAGUCGAAAGCAGGGACGCUUCACCUGCCGCACCCUCCAGUCCCGCCCCUGGUCCUUCCACUUCCCAGCCAUCUUCCUCAGGUAGGUUGUCUGGGCCGCCCGAAAUAGCCCCCUCCUUUUUCGUCCCCGAAAACCUGCGCAGGGACAUUCUCGCAGGCAAGGACGUGAACCUGGCUGCGGUCCUCAUCUCCACGCACGACACGGUGGAAAACCGGACCAUCGCUUGCGGGGACGUGUCCGUAGUCCUGAAGGCCAAAGACGCGAGGUUGAACAAAAAACUCUCCAUCCCAGAGUUCGUGCUCGCGUUCAGCCUCUACCGCGACAUCAUCUGCGCAGCACACCCAGCCAGAAGAGAGGAGCUGGACGCAUAUUUAUACAGGGUCACGGAGCUUGGGCACAAAUACGGAGGAUUUGCAUAUUACGACUAUCACCGGUCAUUUUCGGCGAAGGCAGCUGCAGCCCUCGCCCAGUUCCAGCAUAUUACCAACUGGGCCUCCCUCGACAUGGAGCUAUUCUGCAGACACUUUGCAGGUCUCAGGUCUCCUUUUUGCUCCUUCUGCCAGUCAGUCCUGCACGCCUCCGAUUGGUGCCCAAGCUCCCACGCCUCCCCCCUGCCAAAACAGCAGCCGAGCACUUCGGCCCCCCAGAAACCGGGUCCGCUCCUGGACAAAUUGGGUCGCCCCAUCGUGUACCUGGGAAAAAACCAGUUGUGCAACAACUUCAACUCCAGCUUCUGCAACUAUAGCAAAUGUCAUGCCUCAAGCCGACAGAAUCGGGAUUCCACCCCCGGACUUCGGCUCUCUGAUCCUGGACUAGACAGGCACCUAGUCAUGGCUCAUACUCUCAUCCGCAAGUCCCUGUCCGAAAACUCCACAAGGAACUACCAGUCGGGUUGGAAAGCUUUCGAGUCACGAUCUACAACUUCAGUGCUUGGAUAUCAACAAACAUUGCAGGACAAGGAGGUGGAUAUAGCAGUGGAAACAGCAAUUUCUAUAAGUGAAGAAGAACCAGUGAAGAUCAAGAGAAAGUCUACUGAACAGAAGACAGUAGCUAGAAGCUUUGAUAAGAUUUAA